AUGGCCACUGCCGACAGAGGAGCACCUCUUUUCGAUAACCAGCGUGACUACAACCAUGCCACAGACAACACGUACAAGAACUUGAGAGACAAGGCCGACCAGAUGUACGAGAAGCGGAAGAAGCUUCUGAACCAGCUGCAGCAGGCGUACCAGAAUGGAGACAAGCAGAAGGCCCAUGAGCUCAGUGAAGAGCUGAAGAAGAUCUUGGCGCAGGCUGAAAACUACAAUAGACAGGCGGCAGAGUACGUUUUCCGUGAAAACAACGCCGACUCGGCCGAAGACGAAAUCGACCUCCAUGGUCUCUAUGUGAAAGAGGCCGAGUGGAUCAUGCAAAAGAGACUUUCCGAGUGUAUCCGGACCUACCAGUCCCACUUGCGGGUUAUAGUGGGAAAAGGACUUCACUCGGCGAACGGAAUCGCCAAAUUGAAGCCUGCCAUUGAGCAGUUGUGUCAGGAAAGUGGAUUGAAGCACUACAUUGAUCCUAAAAACACCGGUGUUAUGGUGAUCGACUUGGCCAACUCGCAGGGCCUGCUUCCGUCCCACUGGGACCAGCAGCCGCUUUCCCAGGGUCUGUACUACCAGCAACAGCAGCCUCAGUACCAGCAACAGCAGCAGGGUCACGGCGGCCAGAACCAGUUCCAGAACAUCAAAACAGGCAACUCGCUUGUGGACGGUUUGUUGCGUUUGUUCUGCCAGUGCAUCAACAAGUGA